GAGUCGUCUGGCAAGACUGCGGGCACCGAGUCAACUGGCGGAACAGCGGGCAUCGAGUCAACUGGCAAGACUGCGGGCCCCCGAGUCGUCUGGCAAGACUGCGGGCACCGAGUCGUCUGGCAAGACUGCGGGCACCGAGUCGUCUGGCAAGACUGCGGGCACCGAGUCGUCUGGCACCGAGUCGUCUGGCAAGACUGCGGGCACCGAGUCGUCUGGCAAGACUGCGGGCACCGAGUCACUGCGGGCACCGAGUCGUCUGGCAAGACUGCGGGCACCGAGUCGUCUGGCAAGACUGCGGGCACCGAGGCGUCUGGCAAGACUGCGGGCACCGAGUCGUCUGGCAAGACUGCGGGCAUCGGGUUACCAGGCAUCAGGUCAUUUGGCUUGCCAGCGGGCACCGCGUCAUCUGGCAAGGCAGUGGGCACCGGCGGGCACUGGAUCAGGUACCGGAUCAUCUGGAUCAACAGCGGGCAUCGAGUCAACUGGCCUAAUAGGAUCGUCGGGCUGGAUCAGUUCAUCAUGCUGAGUAGCGGCAUCAGGCUGAAUGCAGGCAUCAGGCCGAGUAGAGGCUUCAGGCUGAGUAGAGGCUUCAGGCUGAGUCACGGAAGGCAGGUUCACCGGUUUGGAUACUGGCAGGAUGGUAUUGGUUGGAAAGAAUUUUCGCUUUUUUUUCUCGUUUUAACUACUGGAGCACUGCAAGUAAACGCAGGUCUGCAAACGAAUGGAGCAGCUGGAGACAAAGAAAAACUGGAGGAUGGAACAGGAGAGGGAGCAGUUGCUACAGAGGGCUUUUUUACAGGGUUAAAGGCAGGAUAGGUGCAGCGAGUGGGAACAGGGUACUGACAUGCGGUAGAUAG